AUGCAAAGUAAAAAUGAAUGCCAUAACACAGGAAUAGUAUUCGAGAAACUGCUGAAGAAAUCUAGUUAUGAUGGUGUAAAUGGAGGAAAUGAGGUUGGCAUUGAGCCGAAGAACGAUCUGAAGGAAUGUUUUGAAAAAAAUCUGGGAAGCAUCAGUAAGUGGGUACGAUGCAGUAGCAGUUUGUCAUUCACGGAUAAUGACAAGCUUGUUAAGUUUCACCUAAGAUAUUUUUUCUCAAUUAGAAAGACAUCUAAAUCUUUAGUUUCUUUAUAUCUAAGUAUCAAAUUUCUUCUGCUCAUGCAAAUUUGUUCAAAUCUUGCUAAGGCUGGUUCAAUAGUUAGCUCUAUCCCAGGAUUCCAAGGACCUCUGCCUUUUGAACUAGAAACUGGGUAUAUUGGAGUUGGUGAAUCAGAGGAUGUGCAAUUGUUCUACUACUUCAUCAAGUCAGAAUCCAAUCCUGAAACCGACCCGCUUUUGCUUUGGUUAACUGGAGGCCCUGGUUGCAGUUCAUUUUCUGGGCUAGCUUAUGAGAUUGGGCCAAUAAAGUUUGAACCUUUCUUGUAUGAUGGGAGUUUGCCCAAGUUGAUACUAAAUCCGUAUUCUUGGACAAAGGUUGCAAGCAUUAUCUUUGUGGAUCAGCCUGUAGGAACUGGUUUUUCUUAUGCCAGAACAGCCAGAGCUUCUGAUUCUACUUCCUUAAAAGACUCUGAUCAACUGUAUGAAUUCCUUCGGAAGUGGUUGAUUGAUCACCCUGAUUUCAUUUCAAAUCCAGUCUAUGUGGGUGGGGACUCAUAUGGAGGCCUUUUAGUGCCAAUUGUUUCUCAACUUAUAUCAAACGGAAAUGAGGUUGGAAUAGAGCCGAAGAUCGAUCUGAAGGGUUAUGUGGUUGGAAACCCAGGGAACACUAUAAGUGAUAGAAAUUACAGAAUCCCAUUUGCGCAUGGGUUGGGGCUGAUUUCGGAUGAACUCUAUCAGUCCUUGACGGACAGCUGCAAAGGAGAAUAUCAAAGAAUAGAUCCCAGUAAUGCACUCUGCUUACAGCAUGUUAAGAGAUACAAUCAGUUGCUUAGUGGUGUUAAUCCUGCACAUAUACUAGAAACCAUUUGUUCUUUUGCUUCGCCAAAACCAAAUGAAACAGAUGGUAGCAGAAGGUCCACUAUUGAAAUGUUCUCUCAACAGAUCGAAGAGCUCAAAGUUGGUGAACCUACUCCAAUCAAAUGCCGUAUGGACGGCUAUAAGUUGGCUUAUUACUGGUCCAACGACAAAAAUGUUCAGGAAGCCCUCCAUAUACGCGAGAGAAGCACUCCAGAAUGGGUACGAUGCAACAGCAGUUUGUCAUACACACGUAAUGUGGGAAGUGUGGUACCAUAUCAUGCUAACCUUAGCAUUAAAGGUUACCGAUCCCUUGUAUACAGUGGUGACCAUGAUAUGAUUGUACCUCAUUUGGCAACGCAAGCGUGGAUAAAAUCUCUAAAUUACCAAAUCAUUGAUGAUUGGAGACAAUGGAUUGUUGAGGGCCAAGUUGCUGGUUAUGCGAGGACUUAUGCCAACAAGAUGACAUUCGCAACAGGAGGGGGUCAUACUGCGCCAGAGUACAAGCCUCAAGAAUCUUACCGUGAAAUGGGAAAGCAAAUUAGGCCCAUAUCAUCAAAAGGGAUGAAUAAUUCACUCUUCUUCUGCAAUCUGAUUUUGCUGCUUCUGGUCUUACAAACUUGCUCGAACUUUGUUCGGGCUGGUUCAAUUGUUAAGUCUCUUCCGGGGUUUCAAGGACCUCUGCCUUUUGAGCUAGAAACUGGGUAUAUUGGGGUUGAUGAAUCAGAGGAUGUGCAAUUGUUCUACUACUUCAUCAAGUCAGAAUCCAAUCCGGAAACCGACCCGCUUUUGCUUUGGUUAACUGGAGGCCCUGGUUGCAGUUCACUUUCUGGGCUGGCUUAUGAGAUUGGGCCAAUAAAGUUUGAACCAUUCCAGUAUGAUGGGAGUUUGCCCAAGCUGUUGAUAAAUCCAUAUUCUUGGACUAAGGUAGCAAGCAUCAUCUUCGUGGAUCAGCCUGUAGGUACUGGAUUUUCAUAUGCCAGAACUGCCAAAGCUUCUCAUUCUAGUGAUCUCCAAGUCUCUGAUCAACUCUACGAGUUUCUUAAGAAGUGGCUGAUUGAUCACCCUGAAUUCAUUUCAAAUCCAUUCUAUGUUGGUGGAGACUCAUACGCAGGCAUUAUAGUUCCAAUUGUUUCUCAAUUUAUAUCAAAUGGAAAUGCAGUCGGAGUUGAGCCAAAGAUCAAUCUGAAGGGUUAUGUGCUGGGGAACCCGGGGACAAAUGCAGCUAGUAACAACUUUCAAAUCCCUCUUGCUCAUGGGUUGGGACUAAUUUCAAAUGAACUGUACCAGUCCUUGAAGGAUACCUGCAAAGGAGAAUAUCAAAAAAUAGAUCCCAGUAAUGCACUUUGCUUACAAUAUAUGCAGACAUUUAAUCAGUUGCUUAGCGGUCUUAAUUUUGCACAUAUUCUUGAGCAAAAUUGUCCUUUCGCUUCGCCAGAACCAAGCAAAAACUUUGACGGCAGGAGAUCAGCUAUUGAAAUUUUCUCUCAGAAGAUUGAAGAGCUCAAAGUUCGGGAACCUACCCCAAUUAAAUGUCGUAUGGAUGGUUAUAGGCUUGUUUAUUACUGGUCUAACGACAAAAGCGUCCAGGAAGCCCUCCAUAUCCACAAGGGAAGCAUUGCUGAGUGGAUACGGUGCAACUAUGGUUUGCCAUAUACAACUUUUGUUGGCGAUGUUGUACCAUAUCAUGCUAACCUUAGUAUGAAAGGUUACCGAUCUCUUGUAUACAGUGGUGACCAUGAUUUGCUUGUACCUCAUUUGGCUACUCAAGCAUGGAUAAAAUCUCUAAAUUACUCCAUCAUUGAUGAUUGGAGACAAUGGAUUGUUGGUGGUCAAGUUGCCGGAUAUACAAGGACUUAUGCUAACAAGAUGACCUUUGCAACAGUAAAGGCAAGAAUCUCUCCCUUUCUCCCCUUCCUCGAUAUGGAGGUGGUCAUACGGCGCCAGAGUAUAAACCAGAAGAAUGUCUAG